GGGCUUUCUCCCACCCUCUUCAAGCUACCUAGUAUAUAGAGCAACCGCCGCAGCCCCAAUUCCCGCACUGCCGAGAAGCUGAGCCUUCAACCUGCGAUCCGUGCCCCCGGCCUUUGGCUGCUUCCCGCUCAGCUGCACCUUCCUUUCCAGUACCCCUACAACCGUAGCAUUCCGCGAGCUCCACCUUUGCCUGCCUCUCCUACUUACCAGGGCUCUGUGCAUCGUCGCCCCUGCUGCCUUUGCCUUCAACAGCUUGAACUACAGAUUUCGGGCGAUCCUUCUUUCCUACUUCCAGUCGCUUCGCACUCCAGCUCUCCUUGCAUCCUCGUCGGGUCGCUUAUUUUACACCUACUGUUGCUUCUCUGCUCUGGGUUGCUUUUUGGGGGGUCGUCACUGCAGUCCCUCCUUUGGGCUUUGCUCCAUUCACUCCACGUUGGCUGCACCCCCUUUUUGUUGCCUUAGUUCUGUUCCUAGCACCUUUUUUCUCCAUCUCUGCUGAAUCCACUGGUCCACCCGCUCCCUCCGCAGGGCAUCGCACCCAAGAACCUAAAGUAAAGCUUCUGGCCAGGCGAGAUCGGGUCCCUGGGGAUCUCCCCAGCUCAUUGCACGUCGGCUUUCCGGAAGGUCCCCCCCUUCAACCUGAGUCCCUGCUAAGCGCCUCGCCUCGUCGUUUCUUCCUCUUCUCCAGGCCUCCCUAGCCCCCAGCCCCAGAGCCGCAGAAAUGGUCACUGAAAAGGACAAGAAGACCAAUGGACAGGUGUUGGAGGAAUGGAAAGAGUUCGUGUGGAAUCCGCGGACUCACGAGUUCAUGGGCCGUACCGGGAGCAGCUGGGCCUUCAUCUUCCUCUUCUACCUCGUCUUCUAUGGGUUUCUAACUGCUUUGUUCACCCUCACCAUGUGGGUCAUGCUACAGACUGUUUCAGACCACAUUCCCACAUACCAGGACCAGCUUGCAACACCGGGUCUGAUGAUCCGUCCUAAGACAGAGAAUCUUGAGGUUUUGGUCAACCUCAGUGAUAGCAGCAGCUGGAAUGAGCAUGUACAGAUACUUGACAAAUUUCUAGAGCCCUACAAUGACUCAAUCCAGGCCCAGAAGAAUGAUGUCUGCCGCCCAGGGCACUAUUAUGAACAACCAGACAAUGGCGUUCUCAACUAUCCCAAACGGGCUUGUCAGUUCAACCGGACACAGCUGGGUGACUGUUCAGGGCUUAGCGAUCCUACCCACUAUGGCUACAGCACUGGCCAGCCUUGCGUCUUUAUCAAGAUGAACCGGGUCAUCAACUUCUAUGCAGGAGCCAAUCAGAGUAUGAAUGUUACCUGUGCAGGGAAGCGGAAUGAGGAUGCCAAAAAUCUUGGUGACUUCACUAUGUUUCCUGCCAAUGGCAACAUUGACCUGAUGUAUUUUCCCUACUAUGGCAAGAAGUUUCAUGUGAAUUACACACAACCUCUAGUGGCUGUCAAGUUCAUGAAUGUGACCCCCAAUGUGGAAGUAAACGUUGAAUGUCGCAUUAAUGCAGUCAAUAUUGCCACUGAUGAUGAGCGGGACAAGUUUGCUGGCCGAGUAGCUUUCAAACUCCGAAUAAUAAAAAAGACCUGAAUUUACUCACACACCCUUCCCUCUCCCCUCUCUUCCUGGGCUUUAUGGAAUGUGCUUUCUGGAUGCUUCCUCCCCUGCCUGAAGUCUUUCCCCUGCCCUGCCCCUCCCCAGCCCUUUCCUUACCCCAAAGGUAUUUUUUACAAUUGAGCUAUGAUUUAAUUUACACCCUUUCUCAACUCCCAUUCCUGAAGGGUAGUAGCCAUUUUGAGUCCCUGGAAAAACAUCCUCUUCCACUGUAGCUAUGGGAGAGGUUUAGAGCAGGGCUGUCAUCUUUUCCCCUUUACUUACAAGUUUGUUUCUAAUAGCUUCCAGGUAUUUUUAUGGUUACUGGUGGAAUACUCCUAUAAUUAGCCACAAUUUCUUCCUUUUUUUUUUCUCUGUACCCAACAAAUGGUCUCUCAAUAAUAUUCAUGGCUUCCCUGGUAGUGAUAGUGAUAGUGAGAGCUGUUAGAAGAGUCACUUACUCUUCUGAUUUCAAACUCAUCUCCCCUUUCCCUUUCUUCCUGCUUAGUGAUAAAGAUAAAUUUGGGAACCCUAUUUAUCCUGGGCCCUUCUUCCUUCCUAAUUUACUAAUUCCUUUCCCAUUUGCUCUCCUCACCAAAGCUGUUAGAUGGGCCAUUUUUGAGUUGAAGAGAUUCAUCCAACUUUUUUCCUUCAUCCAUUUUCCAUACUCCAUUUUACCGAAGCCUUUAAAUUACCCUUUGUAGGUCUCGAUUCAUGACUCCCUUCCCCAUAAGGUGGAUCUUUGAACUGAAAAAUGGGGGCUCUCUUCCGUGGGCUUUAAAGGAGGGUCUUUAAGAAUAUGGAUGCCAUUUUUUAAAUUAAAAAUUUACAAAUUUUGUCCCUAUCUCUCUUUUCCAAUACUCUUCAUAACCUAGUGUCUGCUAAUCCAAAAGACUUUUUGGAGUUCAAUUUUAUCUUUGCAUAAUUUCCUUAAGUAUUUCCCUUGAGUAUUUCUCCCACCCCCAUUGCUCCAUUUUUCUAGUGUUUUGAGUGGCCAUCUUGAACUGGCUUUAUCCCCAGAUUGCCACCUUGGAAACCUCAUCUGGUCAUGAUAAUAUGCCACAUUCUUUGCCUAUCCCCUCUCUCUCCCUAACUUUUAGCAAAUAAUUGGCUAAUUAAUACUCCUUUUCCAUUUAACAAUUAAAAUUCCCUUCUCAAUUUGAAAAUGGCUCCCCCUCCUUCAUGCCCCCUUUGCCUUUUUUAGCCCUGCAAUUACCAUAUGUUUAGAAACCCCUGUUCAGAAGUAUUUUUUAAUCAGUUGUUUUUAAUUCGCCUUUUCCAUUCCAAAUCUAAUUCUUCCCUAUUAAUGCUGCACUCUCCUCUUCCUUGAGUUUAUCCCUUUUUUCUUGAAAUCAUAGACAAGGCCCGAGUUAAAAUCCUGUCUUUUAUAGUUAAUAACCGUGACCAUGGGCAAAUUAAUCUUUUGAGCCGCCAUUUCCUCGUCUGUAAAAUUUUUAUUAUCUGUCUCACAGAGCUGUGAGCUUAAAUGAGAUAAAUGUUUCAAAACAUAGCUAAAUUCUCAUUCACCUCUGUGCCAUUUCCUUUUACCUCCCCCAGAAGUCUAUCUCUGCAGUUAUUUAAUGCCUGUGUCAGAUCUACUGUAAGAUAAAAAAGUACAAUGCAGAUUAUAUGCAUAUAUACAUAUACAUACAUAUAUAUAUAUCAUACCCAA